GAGGAGGAGGAUGGGGGGUGGCUAAGACUAUAGGUUUAGGACUAGCGCUGCGCUGGGCGAGAAGCAGCGGAGAAGUUCUAUCCUCCGCGUUGCCGGCGGCAUCUCCGCGAGCCCCCUCCACUUCCCUCCCGCGAGUAACUUCGGAGUAGUCCAGAGGCAGCCUCGGGAUUUCGGCGGAGUCUGCAGGGUGCUGUGGUCACCUUGCCUCUAGCGGAGUUGCCAUGUCAGUGAGCGUGAAUCUGACAGGCCCAGCUCCCUGGGGGUUCCGGAUUACGGGAGGACGAGAUUUCAGAAAACCCAUCAUCGUAUCCAAGGUGACGGAGCACGGCAAAGCAGCCCUAGCUGACCUUCGACCUGGAGAUGUCAUAAUUUCCAUCAAUGGGGAGAAUACUUCUGAGAUGCUGAACGUGGAGGCACAGAACAAAAUAAAGCAGAGCCCCGGGAGGCUGCAAUUGCAAGUGGACAGGUCACAGCAGUUUUCUCCCAGCCAGACCAAUGGCGAAAGUUCCCCAGAGAUGUUGGCCAUACGAUUUCAGGAUGUGGUGAGAACUAAAGACAACGGUCAGAAUUCAGUGAGAUCUUCCUACUCGAGCCCAGCUUCCAUCAGUCCACGGCCCACCAGCCCCUACAAUCCUUCAUCUCCUGGGUAUCGACCUGGCAGCCCCUACAGCCCAGUGAGACCCAAUCUGCCCACAGAGAUCAGAGGGGAGCCCGUGAUAAACAGCCGCAGCUUCCAGUCUGUGGGCGCUUCACUUCAGAGUCAGCAGGAGUCAAGCAACAGACAGAUGCAAGAACAAAGGAGCUUCACCCAUUCCAGAGCGUCUCCAGUGACAGUGCUGCCUCCAUUAAACGGCUCUCCGUCGCCUGGUAGAUCCUCCUUCUCCAACCCUUGGGAGAUCAGGAAGGACCAGGAAAGAAGUCCAUCUUCCUAUCACCGCAGUUACAGCUUGGAUACGGAGCUAGCCAUGCACCAUUUGGAAGGAGACUCGGAGGUCUACAAGCUGAUGCAGGAAAACCGCGAUACCAGGGCUGCGCCACGGCAAUCCAGCACUUUCCGCCUGCUCCAGGUGGCUCUGGAGUUGGAUGAAAAAGAGGGCACGGCAACCCAUUUCCCCAGCCAGCUCUCUCCCACUUUGCACAAGCCGGUCAGCAGUGCUACGGCAGGAAGCACUCAGAAGUUGCACAUCUGUGAGAAAUGCGACAGCCCCAUCACAUACCAGGCUGUGAAAAUCCAAGAGAACCGCUACCGCCACCCGUCUUGCUACGUUUGCUCCGACUGCGGGCUCAACCUGAAGAUGCGCGGCCAUUUCUGGGUUGGGGAAGAGAUGUACUGCGAGAAGCACGCCCGCCAGCGCUACCAGAGCCCAGCAGAGGGCGGCACCAUCCUGGCCGUCUAUUCCCAGUCUUAAAAUGAUAGCGGGAGCUCAGGAAGCUGAAGAAAAGGAACGCAGUCAGAUGGGAGAUUUCCACCGGGGAUCUUCUCACCCAAAUUCGGCCUUUUAAAGACAUCUGCAGGAAAGGAGGCCUUGGGGGCAAGAGGGCAAGGACCACCAUUGCAAGUCAGAAUGCCAUGGAGGGACCUUUGGGGAAGGCGUUUGAGGGAGGGAGAGGGCGUUCCCCAAGGCAAAUGGCUUUUCUUUUCUUUUUCUUUCUUUUUCUUUCUUUUCAACUUACCCUAGUUUUGGGCCAUCAUUCUUAAAGCAACCAAUGUUUGCCGCCGCGCGGACAUUUGUCUUUUGACAGCUUUGGGAAUGAUGGUUUCCCAGGCCGCCAAGUAGGCCUUAGUUCCGGGACUCUGGAAAGUGAUUGUCGGUGCUCGUAUUAAUCCUUGGUUUGCGGCCAGAAGCGACGGGGAGUCUCUUGAUGGCUCGGUUCUGUGGCCGAAGCACUUCUGCCUUGCCCCUCUUGCCAAACUCUCCCUGCCCCACGAUGCAAAUCUAAGAGUGACGGGAAGAUGGAAUUUCCGAAGGUCCCGGACGGCGUGGAUUCAGCUCCGAAUGCUGACUUCUUUCCCUGUGACGCUUCUCUUUAAGAUAUUAAGCCAGAUGUCUAUGUGAAAUAUAAUAUAUAUAUGUAUAUGUAUAAGGAUGGAUAAAACAAUCGCCCCCAUG